AUACAACCCCGUUGCUAAUAUUUUUAUUUUUACUUUUUUUUAUUACGGUUUUGUCCUUUUCUUACCUCUUUCUAAGCAUUUUUGCUAAUCAUUUAAACUUGACGAUAUGGAUACUCAAAUCUGCCCACAUAUAGAACCUUACAAACCGUCACAGCACGAGCUAUUGAAUGAUGUUAGUUCUAACAAACAACCUUUAAAAUCUGAUUUUAAACAGCACGGCUUGUCCUCUAAAAGUAACUACUCAAGCUCCAGCGCCAUCUCCAAUUUAAGCGAAAGGCUCAGUAAUGUUGAUUUUGAUACUCCCGCUAAAAUUUUUCAGAGUAAGCACGCGAUUCAUCAAUUUGAAAAUAUUACGCCUGACGUCUCCACACCUGUCACUCCUGCUGCUGUAUCAAAUGCUAAAUUUAAUUAUGAAUCCGGCUCUACGUCGGGAAACCAAACACCCGACCGAGAGUCGCCUACACCUCGUUCUCUAUCACCCGAACCCUUUGAAAACAAUCGCGAUCAGGAUAGGCCCAGUAUGCCCAAUUCUCCUUACCAGUCCGAUUUGGAUAGCAAUUCGAAUUCUGGGUCACCGGUAGGAUCAACUACAAUUAGUCGUGUCAGUACACCAUCACAAUUUGUUUUUAAAAAGCCUGAAUACGACAGCCAUUACCAUCAUACACAUUUUCACCACUUUGAAAAAAAAGAUACCAUCUUCCAUGAUUUGAAGCGCUUUUUUAAAAAAAAUCAAGAGAAGAAAAAAAGGAGGUCAUUAGUCAAAGAACAGUCUGGUGUUCGUAGCAGUAGCUCAUCCGUAUACAGUAAACAAAGUGAUUUAUCAUUUGCUAAUGAAUUCAAUAAGAAUAUACAAAGUCGAUACGGCAAGUGGGGUGACUUCGUUGGAAAGGGGUCUGGUGGAUCAGUUAGAAUCAUUCGUCGUAACACGGAUGGUAAGACCUUUGCAGUAAAGGAAUUUAGAAAAAGAGCAACAGGUGAAAAUGAAAAGGAGUACAUUAAGAAAGUCACGGCGGAGUUUUGUAUUGGUUCCACCCUCCAUAAUCAUAAUGUCAUAGAAGCGUUAGACAUCGUACAAGAAAAUCAUACUUUCUACGAAAUCAUGGAAUACGCCCCAAACGACAUGUUUACUAUUGUUAUGAGUGGCCAGAUGGAUAAAGAAGAAGUGACUUGUUGCUGGCGCCAACUCUUGGAUGGUGUUCGGUAUUUGCAAUCCAUGGGUAUUGCUCAUCGUGAUCUUAAACUUGAUAACAUGGUCUUAGAUGAUCGUGGUAUUGUAAAGAUAAUUGAUUUUGGGUGUUCUACUGUUAUUAAGUAUCCCUUCGAUGACCAAUUCCACAAGAGCAAAGGUAUUUGCGGCUCGGACCCGUAUAUUGCUCCUGAACAAUAUACUCAAAAAGAGUAUGAUGCUCGUAAAACAGAUCUGUGGUCUUGUGGUAUUAUUUUAGUAUGUAUGAUAAUUCGUCGCUUCCCUUGGAGACUUCCGCGUCCUGACAAGGAUCAAUCUUUCAGUAAUUUUGUACAACAAGACAAUAGUGGAGCAGAGAAAUUAUUCAAGCUGUUGCCUCGUUACGCAAGGCCCAUUGUUUCCCGGAUUUUAGUCCCAGAUCCAGAAAAGCGUUGUACACUUGAAGAUGUUUUUGAAGAUGAAUGGGUGAAAAAGAUAGAUGUAUGCACACCAGAUAGACCUGCCAGUAGCCAUUCUCAUCAUUUGAUGUUCAAACCAAGUAAAGAGAUAAUGAAACGUGGCAAUAUCAUAGUUUUGCCUCCCCGUAAAGAAGAAAGCUAAGCCUAAGAAGACCGUUCCUAUCUUUCAAUCAUCAUGAAAAAUCUAUUGUACCAUAUUAAUUCAGAAAGCAUCAUUAUCAUCUAUAUAGUCAUAAUAAACCCCCAAAGUCUACUUGGGACUCAAAUUUA